AUGGCGAGGCCGAUCCACAGCGAUCACGUCCUCCGGCAGCUAAACAACCAGCGGGAGUGGGGCUUCCUGUGCGACUGCCUGAUCGCCAUCGGCGACAUUUACUUCCGAGCGCACAAGGCCGUGCUGGCGGCCUGCAGUUCCUACUUUCGCAUGAUGUUCAUCCGCGACCGGCAGGGGGCGGCGCGCCUGGACCUCAGCAACAUGCGGAUCAGCGCCGAGUGCUUCGACCUGAUCCUGCAGCUCAUGUAUUUGGGGCGCGUGGCGGCCAGCGCCUUCGACUUCGACGACCUGCGGGCGUCCAUGGUCUACCUGCAGAUGUACUUCAUCCCCGACUCGCCGGACGACCUGCGUGACCUCGGCGCCGCCUCCGGCCUGACGCCGUCCUCUUCAGAGCGGUCGGCGGGGACCGGCGCCGGCAAGAUGCUCUUCGGCGUGCGCAUGUAUGAGCGGCAGAGGCCGGCCCGCGACGACGACAACGACGACGGCGCCCCCGCCGAUGACCUCGGCGGCUCUGCCAGGUACCUCGCCAGCGACGCCGAGUCGAGCGCGUCCGUCCUGGGGGCGGCGCUCCCGAGCACGGACGCGGCGGAGCGACCUUGCGACCUGAGGAAGCGCGGCGGGGGGCGGAGCUCGGCCCCGAGGGAACGCCCCCGUUUCGGCCGCACCUUCACGUGCGACGACUGCGGCUUCGUCUUCAGCUGCGAGAAGCUUCUGAUCGAGCACAUCCUCACCUGCACCAACCGCAAGACGUACGCGGCCGGCCCCCGCGGCCGAGAUGACUCGGCCGGGGCCGAGAGCUCGGAUGACGCCGGCGUUUCCGUCAAGAGGGAACCGGAGGCGUCGGACCGGGAGCCGGCCGAAGGGGACGACGGGGCUCUCGCCGGCGUCUCGGGCGAGCGCUGCCGAAGCGCCGCGUGGGAAAGCGAGGCCUCGGCCGCCUCGCCCCAUUUCUUCAAGGUGAAAGAGGAGAGCGCGGACGGCGCCCCGUGCGAGGUGUGCGGGGCGCCGCUGAGCGAGGACGAGCGCUCGGCGCACUACCUGUCGCGCCACCUCGGUCACAUCUGCGCCUGCGGGCGAUGCGGCCGCGUGCUGGUCAAAGGACGUCAGCUGCAGGAGCACGCCGAGCGCUGCGGCGAGUCGGACGAGGCGGCCGGGGGCGGCGGCGGGGGCGAGGAGGAAGAGGACGAGGAGGACGACGAUGAAGAAGAGUCGACGGCGGCGGCCUGUCCCCGCUGCGGCCUACCCUUCCGGAGCGAGAGCCUGGCGCUGGAGCACGCCCUCUCCUGCUCCGCCCGCGAGCCGGGGCCCGAGUCGGGGCCCGACCACCGGCGCAAGCACUUUUGCGCCAUCUGCGGCAAAGGCUUCUACCAGCGCUGCCACCUGCGCGAGCACUACACGGUGCACACCAAGGAGAAGCAGUUCACCUGCGGGACGUGCGGCAAGCGCUUUCUGCGCGAGCGCCAGCUGCGGCUGCACACGGACAUGCACCGCGGCGUGGCGCGCUACGUCUGCCCCGUGUGCGAGCAGGGCGCCUUCCUCAAACACGACCACGUGCGACACAUGAUCUCGCACCUGGCGGCCGGCGAGACCAUCUGCCAGGUCUGCUUCCAGAUCUUCCCGGGCGGCCGGCAGCUGGAGGAGCACAUGGACGUCCACCUCUACGUCUGCGGCGUCUGCGGCGACAAGUUCCGCCUGCGCAAGGACAUGCGCACGCACUACAACCUCAAGCACGCUAAGAGGCUUUAG